AUGCAUGACAUAUUGCUGAGUGCAGGAAAAGAGAUCAAACUAUGGAAAUACGACGAUAGCGAUUCCGAAUGGAAAACCAUGUGCAGCAAACUACCAGCUUCGGAUGUGAUACUGGCUAAAUUUGAGCCAAAAUCCAACGUAUUUGCGACAUUGGGCAAGUAUGAUCGCAUAGUGACCAUAUGGUAUCCCACCGAGGAUGAUCACGAUGCGUCUGCAGCAACAAGAACAGUGGACUACAAUUUCACGCUCAUUUCGCACCCUAAAUAUGUCACGCACUUUGUUUGGAGACGAUUACCAGGCAGCAAUGACCGAGAAAACGAUUGCACCUUAUUCAACAUGGCACGCGAUGGCAUUGGUCGAUUUUGGAGUCCUACUGAUGUACAGCAACCUCAUUUCUUGUACAUGUGUGCAGUGAUUGAUUCCAAUCAGUCUUUGGUCACCAGCAAAGUAGAAGAGGACAAUCACCACCACCAUAGCGCUCAAGGAGAAGAAGAAGAAGAAGAAGAGGAGGAGGAGGAGGAGCAGGACGAUUUUUCACCUAUUCAUUAUAUCGGUUGUGAUGAACUAGCCAGUGCCGUUCACGCCAGAUUCAGGUCCCAUUCCAAACACGAGCGCUUUGAUCAACGCGUGGACCGCAUCCGAGACAGAGUGCGAGAUACCCAUGACUUGCUGUUUCGUAUACAGGCAGAUGGAUCACUUACAUUUUGGGGUGUGCAGCAUCUGAAUUCAGUGCCUCGUCGAAUUCCAAGAGUGUUUGUAGUGCUGCGUGUGGACAAGGCCAUUGAUCCGUUGGAUGUUAUCUACUUCUUAAAUCCGACACACAUUUUGCAUGAUUAUUCACAUAUUCAGUCAGCAUCCACAAUCAAACCCAUCGAGUUGUCGUUGGUGGCCAGAAAUCUGCACGGACAAGUGCGCUGUUACAGUCUCAAUUUGAUUGAUUUCCUCGAUUCAACUUCAUUUUCAUCCAGACUGCACUUGAAAUACACAUGGUUGGGCCAUCAGCACUCCAUCUCAAAACUGUAUCAAACACAAAAGAACCGAUUUUGCACAGUGGGUGUCGAUGGACAGAUCAAUGUGUGGAAAUAUGAGCUGAGAGAGACAUGUGGCAAAAUGACGACUCAGUUGCAACUGGGCUGUUCAUUGUUUGUUGAAUCCAAGCAACUCUUGGCUGUACCUGUGGAUAAAGCAGUGUAUGAUGGACAUCACGUCAAGCUGUACGAGUUUGAUAAACAAAAUUGCCAUUUAUACCAUUUCAUCACAUGCGAGACGGAAGCUGCUUUGGAUCUAUCAUCAUUACAUGUAUACAAUAUGGAGGAAGCAGAUUCAGGAGAGAAAUCAUUUUUGCUGAUAGGUGUAUCCACCACACUGAGACAAAUCAGUACCUGGCAUUUGACCCGCAACCAUCUGCAACACAUGGAUAUCGCAUUUCGAGGUACACAGACUAUGCCUUGGACAGUGGAUCCCAAUGUAGUGGGAUCAGCCAGUCAAUGGGCAACCAACACGGCUUCGAAACUAUUCCACAAAAUGGCGUUACAGAAGAAGCCUGUAUUGAUCGUAUCAUUGGGACCAGAGAUCAUUUUUUAUGGCAUCAACACCGACGCAACCAACAUUGAAUGGAAUGCUUUGUUCAGCAUGGAUACUUCCAGCAGUAGUCGUAUACAUCAAAUCAAGUGUGCGCCAGGCACAGUGGCAUUGGUGACUGGUCAAGAUCACAAAACCUUGUCUAUUUGGAUCGAAAUACGAUCAGGCGUAGCACCCAGCUGUGUCAAGACAUUUGAGUUUGAUGAGCCUGUGCGUGAUAUUGCUUGGAAUGUUGCUUCAGAUGCUCAGCUUAUCCUAGCUAUUGCAUUUCCCAAGAGUGUCGGUAUCUUUGGGCAAAAGAGAGCAUCGAACAAUGCAAACAAUGAUGAUAUCUGGGCUUGGUAUACUACAUUCAAGGUGGGUACCCCGGAGGAUAUCACUGCGCUGGCUUGGGUUGAUUGCGGUGUAUUGACAGUGGCAGCAGGAAACCAGCUUAGAUGUUAUUUGAAAUGGCUGAUUGACGAUGAUACGAUAUCCAAAGCUGUUCGAGUGCAUGGAGAUAGUCAGGUGGAGCCCAUGUCCAGUAUAUUUGACAUUUCUUAUGAAAUGAACGGCCCUUUGCCCUUUUACCAUCCAGAUCAUCUUAUGCAUUACAUCAUGUGGGGCAAAAUGGAUCUGGUACACAGUGUCUUGGUCUCUCUGUACACUUUCUUUAAACAGUUUGUCGAUGAUGAGGACAAUAGCAUCAACGAAUUUCCUCCAGUGUCCUUUUCCAAGAUGUUGAAGCUUCAAAAUGGCGAGUCCAAGCAGGGUGCCAAGCAAGAGUACAAUGGGUUGUUUGAGGACGAUGAUGACGCAGACGAUGCUAACACAAUACAAAACGAGGACGAUGACACUGUUCGAGCAUUGACAUCAAGUGAAGCCAAGAACCUGGCUCACUACCUCAAGGUGAAAGUGUUGCCUGGAUUGAACGAAGGUGAGAGAAUUCACUUGAUUGCUAUGGUGGAUACCAUUGUUGAAAUCACCAACCAAGGCGACUCACUGGAUGAGAAUGGUGCUCGAUUUACGGCACUACUAGAAAAUCACUUUCAUCUAAACAAAUCACUGCCACCAGAACAACGACAGAUGCAAUUGGAAUCAAGGGAUUAUGUAUGGACAUUGCACAGUCAAUCGCAGGAUCUACUGUUGGAAAGAUGUAUUCGACUCUGUGACAAUACACUGGUUUGGCAAGAUGCUCGCAAUUUGGGUCUGUUUAUAUGGCUGCAAAAGAUUGAUGUCGUGAGAGACCAAAUGGCCACCAUUGCAAGAAAUAUAUACUUGUCAAAAUCCGCUGAAGCAAGAGAUCCAGUAGACUGCACACUGUACUACCUGGCACUACGUAAAAAGAAUCUCAUCGAGGGUUUGUGGAAGACAACUUCGUCUCACAAGGACAAGCAGCCAUGA